AUGCCGCGUCCCACUUCGGGCAACAGCGACUACUACAGUCCCGAUGCCGACUUUGCAUCGCCCACCUUUUCGCCACCCGCAGAGUACACCGAGUUCAACUCGCUUCGGCCAGGAACGCCCGGCACCAUCGGCAAGAACUCGGUCGCCGACAGCCUCGGAACGGAAAAGUACGACUACCCGCCGCGGAGUGACGCACCGACCCCUUCGCCCUCGACCCAGGGCCUGCUGUACGCCGACGGCGGCGGAGGCGCGGGCAACCGCAACAGCGCACGCAGCAGCACCUACUACUUUGACAAGGAGGCCGCGGCCACCAAGCCACAGCCGUCGUACCAGAAUGCCGGCAGGAGAGGGCCCGGCUACAGCGCCGCCGUCCCCGCGAGCGCGGCAGCCGCUGCCGCUGCGGGCAAGGGCGGGCGAGGGGUCCACGGCGGUCCCGGUGGCGGCGUGAUGGGCUUCGUGCGGAGGAGACCGGUCCUCACCGCGUUGCUGGCGCUGCUGGUGCUGGCCGUCAUCGGAGUGGCCGCGGGCGUCGGCAUCAGCAAGGGGAUGAGCUCGGAUCGCAACGACAAGAACCUCAACUCCAACGCCAACCCGUCGAGCGGCGACGGAGGCAGCAAGGGCUCGGGAUCCGGCUCGGGAUCCGGCUCCGGGUCGGGCGGCAGCAAGGCGCCGGCGCCCAUCGUGCCCUUCAAGAAGUGGAACUGGACCGACCCCAACACCAAGGUCCACGGCGUGAGCCUGGGGUCGUGGCUGCUGCUGGAGCGGUGGCAGCUCGAGGACUGGAUGGUGUCGGUGGGCGGCAGCGAGGCGUGGGACGAGUACCGCUUCCUGCAGAGCAUCGGCAAGGACAAGGCGGCCACGGUGCUCAAGGAGCACCAGGAGACGUGGGUCACCGAGGCCGACAUGGACACGCUGCAAAAGGCCGGCAUCAACACGAUCCGCAUCCCCAUCGGCUUCUGGGCCUUUAUCCCCACCGAGGGCGACGAGCCCUACCUGACGACGGGCUACGUCGAGCAGCUCGACAAGAUGAUGGAGUGGUGCUACAAGCGCAGCAUGUACGUCAUGCUCGACCUGCACGGCAUGCCGGGCAGCCAGAACGGCGACCAGUCGAGCGGCCACAACAUGACGCUCAGCCCGCUCUACUGGUUCGAGAGCGACCAGCAGGCGCGUUCCGACGCCUUCCUCCAGGCCGUCAUCGACUGGGCCACCAAGAGCCCGUACAGCUCCAUCGUCAACGGCAUCGGCGUCGUCAACGAGCCGCGCGUCGUCGGCGACAACUGGCAGCUCAACCAGACGCGCUUCGACAUCACCCUCGGCUACUACCAGCGCAGCUACGCCGCCUGCCGCAAGGCCAACAUCCCCAUGACGUUCCACCACGGCUUCUACCCGGGCCAGCCCAUCGACAAGUUCAACGCCUGGAAGGACUUUGCCACGGGCAAGGACCCCAACUACCUCAUCCUCGAGGACCAUCCGUAUCCGGGCUGGUUCCAGGACCCGUACCCGGGCGCCGACGCCAUCCAGAAGUCGGUGUGCGCCCAGGGCGAGGCGGCCGUCGGCUACCCGGUGCCCGUCCUGAUUGGCGAGUUUUCCGCCGUGUCGGACCUCAACAGCACCGAGUUUGACCGCACCUAUAUGCAGAUGCAGAUGUCGACCUACGGCUGGUCGGCCGGCUCCAUCUUCUGGAACUUCAAGGUGCAGAUGUCCAAGCUCCAGGUGCUGGCCGAGCGCGACCAGAUCAUGCGCCUCUACUCGUUCUUUGACCUGCUCGGCUCCGGCACCAUCCCGUCGGUGCCCCAGGGCCAGAGCGUCAAGCAGUGGAUCCAGGGCAUGGGCACCACCUGCGGCGACUUCCAGACCCUCUCGUACACCAACCCGUCGACGUCGGGCGCCAGCUUCGGCUCGAGGCGCAGGAGGCGCCGUCGUGCUCGAUUGGUAGUUUCGUAG